UUUUCUUUUUGUCUAUUACCGGAAUCUGCGUAAAACACAAACGAACCAGAUUUUGUUCCCAUUCCGAUCAUCCCCUUUCUUCAUCGGAUUCUGAAAAGCUUCGAUUUUGAGGGAUUGAUUUUGAUCCUCUAUGGAGAAUAAAUGAAUACAAUUGGAAUCUGGUUCAUCUGAUCUGAAUUGAAUUGACCUCCUUUUCAUUUUUAAUCUUGAUUUCGUCAAAAAGAAGGGGGGGAAAAGGGAAAAUGACGAUGAAAGGUUGGCCGUUAGAGCAGUGGAGGGGUUAUUUUCGGUCUGCAAACUCAGACAUAUUUGAUAUAAUUAAUCAUGCUAUUGUGGUAGCCGCUUUAGAUUGUCCUAAGGAGUUUAGAUUACGUAGAGAUCGAAUUGCUGAGAAGCUUUUCACUUGCGAAUUCACUCGGUGUUCCGGUUGCGAUCGGGUCGAGUUAGUUGUACCCGAGUAUGAAGAGGUAGACGAUGAAGCUCGAGCCGGCGGCUGCCGCACGAGCUUCAAAAGUGAAGCUGAUGAAGAAUUUGAGGCAGGUGGUAGCAAAGAGAGCAAAGCUAAUAGUAGCAGAGAUGACCCUUUGAUUAACCGAAUUGCUAGUAAUUAUAGCUACGGUGAAGCCGAGGCUUUGACCGAUGAAAUCGAAGAAGAGGCGAUGGUUGUUGAUGAAGUGUCUAGGAUCAAAGAGGUUCUUCACAAUUUUCAGGAUGAGCCGGAUUCCGUAUUGUUCGAAUCCUUGAGGAAGCUUCAAUUAAUGGAUUUGACAGUGGAUAUUCUUGAGGCAACUGGGAUCGGAAAGGCCGUUAAUCGUGUCAGAAAGCAUUCAUCGAAGCAGAUUCGUAAUCUUGCUCAAACUCUCAUCAAUGGAUGGAAGGAAUUGGUAGAUGAGUGGGUUAGUGCUACAAAGGCUGUUGCUGGGGUUACUCCGGAAUCUAUGAAUCCGUCUGUUGGCGAAGAGGAAGAAGGACAAGACUACGAAGAAGGGGGGCUUCCUUCUCCUCCUUUAGAUGUAGGAGUUCUCUUUGCUACUCAACCUACAUCGAUGGAGCUCUCGCAGUUUUUCGAUGGCAUGGAUGAUUAUGGAAAUCCUGGAAACAGCCGGGAAAUCGUCAAGAACCGGAAUAAUGGAAGAAAACCAUCAGAGGAGAACCGUAAUUCUUCGAGACAGAAACCGCAGGCAUCAGGUGAAGCAUAUCUGCUCACCAAGGAUGACAAGAAGCAACAAAUGAAGAGACAAGAACCUGUUGCAAAGCCUAACAAGCCGUCGAGCACAAAUGUUGGGUCCAGUAGAUCUCCAAAACAUAAUAUCGAGCAAAAGGCCAACGACGAAUCGAAUUUGGUGCAGAAACCGGAUAAAAUGGCUGUUCCCAAGAAGCACCUCUGUAAUCAACAAGAUAAACUCAAGGCUUUGGAUGAAGAUCGAAAGCUCGAGGCAACAAAAAGGAAGCUACACGAGCGAUAUGAACAAGUCAAGAAUGCCAAGAGGAAGCGUACGGUACAAGUGAUGGAGUUGCGUGACAUCCCGAAACAAGGUUCUGACCACAAAAAUCCGUAUUCGAAACAUGGUAACCAUAACCGACAAUGGGCGAACAGAAGGAGAUAAUCCCCCCGGGGUGUGUUUCGAAGAGUGGCAUAGAUAGCGCCUUCCUAGUUUCUUCCAUUGUUGCAGAUUGGGUGUAAGAAUACCAAUAAAAACACAAAUGGGAACCUCAACACAGCACAGCAAUCAAAUAAUGAGAAUUCUUUUCAGUGA